AGGCAUGGAGAAGCAGCCCAAUGCGGCUGUUUCCAAAAAAGUAUUGAAUGUCCAGAGGAAUUCAGUCACCCCUCCCGUGAAAGUGCGUAUUUGAGAGCGCGCACAGGAGCGGGCGCUCGCACUCCAGCUCUGCGUUCAGUCCCAAGCGCUUCUGACCCUCGCUCCUCUCUGGACAUUUCUCUGUUGCAGCCGAGCAAACCAUAAGCAGCCAUGGAUGCCAUUAAGAAGAAGAUGCAGAUGCUCAAGCUCGACAAGGAGAACGCCUUGGACAGAGCUGAGCAGGCUGAGGGUGACAAAAAGGCAGCGGAGGACAGGAGCAAACAGUUAGAAGACGAACUAAUUCAGUUGGAAAAGAGGUUGCGCGUAUCGGAGGACGAGCGUGAUAAAGUGCUUGAGGAGUACCAGAGCGUCGAGGAGAAGCUCCUGUCCGCUGAGGAGGUCGCCACCAAGCUUGAGGAUGACCUCCUGGCACUGCAGAAGAAACUGAAGGGCACUGAGGAUGAGCUCGACAAAUAUUCUGAGGCUCUUAAAGAUGCACAGGAGAAACUGGAGCUGGCUGAGAAGAAGGCUACAGAUGCUGAGGGUGAUGUAGCUUCCCUGAACAGACGUAUCCAGCUGGUUGAGGAGGAGUUGGAUCGCGCUCAAGAGCGCUUGGCCACUGCCCUGCAGAAGCUGGAGGAGGCCGAGAAGGCUGCCGAUGAGAGCGAGAGAGGCAUGAAGGUCAUUGAGAACAGAGCUCUGAAGGAUGAGGAGAAGAUGGAGAUCCAGGAGAUCCAGCUCAAGGAGGCCAAACACAUUGCUGAGGAGGCCGACCGCAAAUACGAGGAGGUGGCCCGUAAGCUGGUGAUCGUUGAGGCUGAGCUGGAGCGCACAGAGGAGCGCGCUGAGCUGAAUGAGAGACGCCUUCGGAGAUUACAGGAUGAGCUUCGAGUGUUGGACCAAACCUAUAAGUCAUUAAAGGCAUCAGAAGAACAGUACUCACAGAAAGAAGACAAAUACGAGGAGGAGAUCAAGGUCCUCACUGACAAACUAAAGGAGGCCGAGACCCGUGCCGAGUUCGCUGAGAGGUCAGUCGCCAAGCUUGAGAAGACCAUUGAUGACCUUGAAGAUGAGUUAUAUUCCCAGAAACUCAAGUACAAAGCCAUCAGCGAGGAGCUGGACCACGCUCUCAACGACAUGACUUCAAUGUAAUUCAUCUGCGGUCUCUGCCUGUGCCUGUGCCCCUCCCCCAUUACCCAUAAUCCCCCUCUCACCCGCUCUAAAUAAGGUCUUGUAUCUUCAGUUCACACACUAUGACUCUUUCCUCUGUUUAAAAACACUAUCUCUGUAACUCUACAAGACUUAUGGUUCCUGUACUGUUAUUUGAGGUAUUUGAAGUAUUUGCUUAUUGCAAAUUUGUCCAUGGGUCUUAAUGUUUAGGCCAUGGCUUGUAGAGUCAGUGUAUAGGAGUUUUGUGAUUUGAAUUCAUAACUAUUGUAUUGCUUCAUUUGAAAUAAUAUUGUGAGAAAAUAUGUAUGUGCAUGUUUUUUUUAUUUAUGCAUGUAUGUAUAUAAUAUAUAUACAUGCAUGCAUACAUACAUGUAUACAUAGACACACACACAUUGUGUGCACAUGCAUUCAAAAGUUAUAAAAUAAUGUAAAUGUAUAAAAUGACUGUUAUAAAUUAAACAUUACUAAUAUUUUUCUUCAGCAAGGAUGCAUUUAAUUGUUUAGAAUUGACCGUAAAUAACUUCAAUUUCAAAAACGCAAAAAUCUUACCAACCCCAAACUUAAAAGGUAAAGUGUAAAUUAACAAACAGGGAUUUAGUCGGUUAACUAUCUUUAGUAAUGUUAACAAUAUUCAGGAUAUAGGUUCAUUUUAAAAAACACAGUAAUAUAGAAAGAUGGACUCAAUCACCCAGCCCUACUGGCAGUUCUGUGGAGUCUUAAAGGGAUACUCCACCCCAAAAUGAAAAUUUGGUCAUUAAUCACUUACCCCCAUGUCAUUCCAACCCCGUAAAAGCUUUGUUCGUCUUCGGAACACAAUUUAAGAUAUUUUAGAUGAAAACCGGGAGGCUUGUGACUGUCCCAUUGACUGCAUAGUAAAGUGCACUGUCAAGGUCCGUAAAAGUAUGAAAAACGUAGUCAAAGCAGUCCAUCUGCCAUCAGACAUCUGAAUUUUAUGAUGCGACGAGAACACUUUUUGUACACAAAAAAACUAAAUAUGAAUGCAAGCGCGUUCAUGAGUUCUCUAGUGAACUCAUGAACGCGCUUGCAGGAAGUGUCACGGAGGAGGAGAAAAAGUUGAUAUUGGGUUUAUAGAGCGACGCUCUUACGGGUUUGGAACGACAUGGGGGUAAGUGAUUAAUGAAAAUUUUCAUUUUGGGGUGGAGUAUCCCUUUAACCCCAAAGCAUGUGAAACGCAGUCAGAAAUGCACCACAGUUUUACAGUGGGAAGCGUUUCAUGCUCAGUGACUUCCUGUGUGUGUGUGGUGUUUCCUCUCCUCUGGUGUAAAUUCAUCUACUAACAAGGUCUUCUUCUGUUCAGAAGACCGGCCCAAAGCCUGCCGUGUAGAGAUGUUUUCUGAUCGUAGGAUGUUGUCUCAUGUAGUAGUUGUUUAGGAGCAUGAGCUGCUUGGUAAGUCAGCCAUUCAGCAUUAGUGUUAGCUGGAGACGCUUCUGAUAUCAGAGAUCAGUGGAGACUCUUUAUAAUGAAUGAGCAGCAUCGUGGCUCCUGUAUGUGGUGGUUUCUUCCCUCUUCUUGUGUUUGAUGGCUUUCUCUGUCCCUUCCAUCACCUUUUUUCUUACUUUUUUCCCCCCGCGCAGAUAAAUUGUUCAUCAAAGACGCGUCCCGCUGGCUGAACGACUUCACUCUGCCCUUUCCAGUCUUUCUUUUCCUCUCAUCCCUCUACAUUGUGUUUUGUUAUCCAUCUUUUCUUGUA